CGUGGCAAGCAAACAGUUCACUUCCUGUAUUUUGCACUGUCAUCUGUCUCACCGUACAUUUGUUUUAGGUCCGGCAGAUCAGACUUUGUAGCAGCGUUGAAGUAACCAUUUAGUACAAGGAGGGUGGGCUGAUGUCUUAGAUGAGGAGCCGGCUUUAGGAGCUCAGCGGCCGGGCUGGAGAGAUGGCGGCCAGGCUGCUGUUUGUGUUUCUCGGGGGGCUGCUGGAGGUCUGCAGCGGCGUCUCAGCAAACAGAGGGGGAUAUCCCUCUUUUACAGAUGAAAUUCCCUUUAAAAUCACCUGGCCAGGGGUUGAAUUCACGCUGCCAACUUCAGGUCCACUUUACAACGAAGAUGACUUUGUCAUCAUGACAACAACAGAGAAGGAGAAGUACAAAUGUCUCCUGCCUUCACUGACAUCUGGAGAGGAGGAUGAUGAUAAGGAUUACAGCGGGCCCAGUCCCGGUGAACUGUUGGAGCCACUGUUCAAACGAAGCAGCUGCUCCUACAGAAUUGAAUCAUACUGGACAUAUGAAGUAUGCCAUGGAAAGCAUGUAAGACAGUAUCAUGAAGAGAAAGAGACGGGUCAGAAAAUAAGUGUACAAGAGUACUUCCUGGGGAACAUGGCCCAGAAGAGCCAGUUGACAGAGACAGAUAAUGCUGAGGUAGAAAAUGUCAAAUCAACAGCUGAAACAGAGGUGCCCACUAAGAAUAUAGAAGGUCAGCUAACUCCCUACUACUCGCUGGAGAUGGGAAAUGGGACUCCUUGUGUGCUUAAACAGGAUGAGCCUCGCUCUGCGUCUGUGCUUUACGUCUGUCAUCCAGAGGCCAAGCAUGAGAUCUUGUCUAUUGCUGAGGUCACUACGUGUGAAUAUGAGGUGGUGGUUUUGACACCGCUGCUUUGUGCUCACCCGAAAUAUAGGUUCAAGUCCUCCCCGGUGAAUGCCAUCUUCUGCCAGGCUCUGGCAGGCUCCCCUCUGCGGCCUCAGCGACUCGCCCAGUUGGAUAAGGAGCAAGAGGAGCAACUUAAACCACCUUUCGGUGCCACCUCUGAGACCAGAGAGGAGGAGGUAUCACCGGUGAGAGAAGAGGGCUUCACUGCCACACACAAACCCAUGACUGUUGGAGGGCAGUCACAAGUCACUGUAGGCACUACUCACAUCUCUCGUCUGACAGAUGAACAGCUGAUCAAGGAGUUCCUCAGUGGCUCAUACUGUCUGCAUGGGGGGGUAGGGUGGUGGAAAUAUGAGUUCUGUUAUGGAAAGCAUGUCCAUCAGUAUCAUGAGGAUAAAGAGCAAGGAAAGAACACUGUAGUGGUGGGGAGCUGGAACGCAGAGGAGCACAUUGAGUGGGCCAAGAAGAAUGUCGCUCGAUCCUACCAGCUCAAAGAUGGAGUGCAGAAAGUCAAGUUAGUUUCCCACUUUUAUGGCCAUGGGGAUGUGUGUGAUCUGACUGGAAAGCCCAGACAGGUCAUUGUCAAGCUCAAAUGUAAGGAGUCAGAGUCUCCCCAUGCUGUCACAGUCUAUAUGCUGGAGCCUCAGACCUGUCAGUACAUCCUUGGGGUUGAGUCUCCAGUUAUAUGCAGGAUUCUUGACACAGCUGAUGAACAUGGACUCCUGUCAAUCUCCAGCUAAUCGGACAAAGAUCGUACGACAGCAACUGCACAUGAAGGACAAGGAGAGGACAGAGAGAUGCACUUGACGAGAGAGCUCACUUAUCAUAAAACAGAAGCCUGUUGGAGCGAGAGAGAAGCCCAUGACACUGUGAGGUUGAACUGAGGUUAAACUUGAUCCUGGACUUGGCGUAUUCCAAGCAGCACACAGCCCCAGUCCGUGCUGUGAACCGUGUGAUGGGCAACGCUACACUGCAGCAAAUACAGCAGGCUAGCUCAGACUAUGUGAAAACACAGUGACUGAUGCCUCACUCCAAUGGACUUAAUGCCUAUGCUUCAUAUCUAUGCUUAACUUUGUGCUGAUUAAAUGCAAGCAAAUCAAGGGACUGAUAAUCAGGAGAAUCGAUAUUCACAGAGGUUUAUUGUCUUUAAGUUGUGUAUUUGUGUGUGUGAUACGAAGCGAUUAGCAACUAACCUGACUGUGGCACUUUGUACAUGUAAGGUCUGUGGGAAAAAAGCAAGUCUGAAGAUGUUUUGUAGCAGUCAGAAUGUGUGCUGUGUUAAUUUACAGGAUAAGUGAGUAACUUGUGCAUUAGGGGGCGCUAUGGAGUUGCAACAAAGU